AGCUGGUGAAGCGAAAAGUGCGGGCGGGACAGACGGUUCAACGCAGCCGCUGGCGGUCUCGGUGGCAAUGGCGGCGGUUCCUCCCCGAGCUCCCGGUUCUCAGAAAGCUGCUGCAAUGGCCAGGCCCGUCAGAAACAAGAAAAUUGUAGACUACUCACAGAGUGGAGACUUUGAUGAUGAUGAAGAUUUUGCAUGUGUGUCGGCACCUCCAAGUAAAAAGCCUCGUCUAAAAGUUGAUCAGAAGCCAAAAAAAGGAAAGAAUGUCAAAGAUUCUGACAGUUGCGAUUCAGAAAUCAAAAAAGAACUGCCUAAGCAAAGAUUGCCGCUUGAUGAAAAGAUUUACCAAAGAAACUUAAAGACUGCAUUCAUCUUAUCAGUCCAAGAGUCGACUAGUGAAGCAAAUGAAUCAGCUGAAGCUACAAACACCGAUACAUCAUUACAUUCUAACUGCAAUGAGGAUAGCAAUUAUCUUGGGUCUUUCUCAACAGGCAUGGAUAAUACUACUGCUGAAAAUAAAGGAGUACGGCCUGGACAGAGACAAGCAGCAUCUGGAGCUAUGGUAAAACAGAGGAAAAUACUACUUGAUGAUCGAGGUAGUGACGGUGAAGGUGAAAAGGAUUCUGAAAGUGAACAAGACUAUGUGACAACUGAAGAAUCAGAAAGCAAUGGAAGUAAUGCAGAUACAGAUGAGGAAUUUACUGUUAAAAACCCAUCAAAGAAAAACAAGCAAAAAAAUCAAAUCAAAAUACAAACAAAGAAGAAGGAGGAAAAGGCCCUGAACUCAAACAACAGAGAUAAAGCAGCUCCAGUUCCUGCAAAAAACAAACCUUUGUUGGUGAAGGCAAUGCCAGUUUCUCCACCAACCUCCAAAUCACCACAGGCACAAAGUCCUUCCACUGGAAUAAGAAAGCCAAAGUGGAUUCCACCAGCCUCAAAUGAAAACAGCAAUGCUUCAUGGGAAAGAGUUUCUGUCAGAAGUCCAAGCCAAGGCCUCCGAUUAGGCCUUUCUCGAUUAGCUAAAGUCAAACCUUUACACCCCUGUGCAGACAAUAGGUGAACAUGGCUGUAAACUGUAAUAAGAAUGAAGCUUAAUGUUCUGUUGCUGUAAUAGUUAUUUAGUUUUCUAUAUUUUCGUUUGCUUUUUGAUGUUUUUUUGUCAUAGCCUAUUUUGCAAAGUUACUGUAUUUAUCUAUAUAAUUCUUUCAAAAUUUGUUCCCAAUUUUAAUAAAAAUAGCGAGUGGAGGAAAUCAUCUUGAUCACAAACUACACUGAUAAUGUUGUACAUAUAGAGAUCUUAACCAUUAUUUUUCAACGUAAAAGCCAUCAGACAUUAACGACUUGAGUACACCUUUAAAACCUCCACUAAGAUUUGAGGUAUCUUGUAUCUGUUUUUUUUAGUCAAGACUAAAUGCACAGGUUGUGCAGAAAAUGUAUUGAUACAGGGUGGCACGGUGGCACAGCGGUAGAGUUGCUGCCUUACAGUGCCAGAGACCUGGGUUUGAUCCUGACUGCAGGUGCUUGGCUGUACAGAGUUUGUACGUUCUCCCUGUGACCUGCGUGGGUUUUCUCCGGGAUCUCCGGUCUCCUCCCACACUCCAAAGACGUACAGGUUUGUAGGUUAAUUGGCUUGGUAUAAUUGUAAAUUGUUCCUAGUGUGUGUAGGAUAGUGUAAAUGUGUGGGGAUCGCUUGUUGGCACGGAUUCGGUGAGCCGAAGGGCCUGUUUCCGUGGAGUAUCUCUAAACUAAACUAAACUAAAUAUCAUAGUUUAAAUUCACCACCAGGUGGAAGUUUUAUUGGGGCUAAGGCCUGUAAAUUAAAUUUGAACAGGCUUAGUCUGAAUUGGUGCAAGACCACCUCAGAGAAUACCACAUUUUCCAUGAUGCUCUUAUUUAAAGAGAUCAUGGUAUUGCUGGUGCAGUACAGUAUGGUCUUCGAGGCUUUUCUUACAACAUAGAUUGAAGGAUGAUUUCCUCUUUGUCUGGUUAGAAAUUUCAAACAUGCUCUUUCUAGGCAUAUUUGUAACAUCUGUUUUACAGACAGUAAAUCUGCUGUCACCAGACCAGUCUAUACAAUGAGAACUUUGGCUUACUCUCUGCAAUUUUAUCUGAGUGAUUUAUCAAAGCAAAACUGCUCUGGAACAAAGCUUGUUAAUCCAAUGUUUGGGAAUUGUAAUGCCUUGUGAUUAAAAUAUUAUCAAUUCUUAAUAAUUAUACAUUAUCCAUUUGUUUUUACGAAGAAAGUAUGACUUCUUAACAUUCAAACUCUCUUUAUUGUUUGGGUACAACGUCCUACUGUCUUUUUUAAACAUGUUGCCAUUUUUUGGUCUCCAUCUGAGAGUUUCAACUUUCAAAUUAAAAUCACUAUGGUAAAAAUUAAAAAUAAACACAUAUUUGUAACAA